GGGGAACCCAAGCAGUUUUCAGUCGAUAACGCCCGCCACAGCAGCGAGCGGCCAACCCACCUCUCGACUUUUUCGCAACCCCAAUUCCACCACCCCGAAUUACUUUUUCCGAUCUGGUCACAUUGUCUCUUUUUGUCAACAGGCAAUCUCUCGAUUUUUCGGUAACGGGAAGGAUAUUACGACAAGAUGCCCAAGUCAAAGAGAGCAAAGGUCUACCACCUGACCCAGGUGUCCAAGAAGACGCGCGAGAACAAGGACAAGCUGUUUGCCAACAUUCGGGACGCGAUCCCCGAGUUUCAGUACUGCUGGGUGUUUAGCGUGGACAACAUGAGGAAUAAUUACUUGAAGGAUGUGAGGAGGGAGUUGAGUGAUUCUCGACUCUUCUUUGGCAAGACUAAGCUCACCCUCCGCGCGCUCGGCUCCACGCCCGAAGAAGCCCAAGCUGACGGGAUUCAUCUUCUCGCACCGUAUCUUACUGGGUCAGUCGGUUUGAUUUUUACCAAUCGUACCCCUGAAGAGAUCAAGUCUUAUUUUGAGAGCUUGACCCAAGUCGAUUUCGCGCGGGCGGGGAGCGUGGCGACGAGGGAUUUUGUGAUUCCGAAGGGGUUGGUGUAUUCCACUGGGGGGGAGGUGCCCAAGGAGCAUGACGUCCCUGUCGCGCACACGCUCGAGCCGGAGCUGAGGCGGUUGGGGGUGCCGUGCCGGAUGGUGAAGGGGAAGGUUUGCUUGGGGGUUGAUGAGGAGGGGAAUGGGUUCCAGGAGGAGGGGUAUACUGUCUGUAAAGCGGGGGAGGUGCUGGAUAGUCGGCAGACGAGGUUGUUGAAGCUGUUUAGUGUUUGUAUGGCGGAGUUCAAGGUUGAGCUGUUGGCGGUUUGGAAGGCGGCUGGGGGGGAGGUGGAGGUUAUGGAGGGGGCGAGGGAGUAUAUUGAGAGGAAGAGGGAGGAGGCGAAGAGUGCGGGGAAGAAGAAGAAGGGUUCUUCGGGUGCUGGGGAUGUUGUGAUGGGGGGUGAGGAUGAUGAGGAGGAGGAGGAGGAGGAUAGCGAGUAAACUGGAUCGGUUGGGGUUGGGAAUGUUUGGUUUCUGUUUUUCUCAUAUAAGGGAAAGGUUUCGUGAUGAUACCAGAGCUUUUUACGUUUUUCCACAACGAGGGGCGAUCGGUUUUUUUAGGACCUCUUUGUUUUUUUUUGUUUUGGCGUUUGGGAAGAAGAAUGGAAAAAUGGGAAUUAAUUUUCAGCAUGCUGUGAGUGUCCGGUGUUGGUGUUUGGUUUCGUCUGACUUCCAAGAUCUCGACUGGGUCAAAUCUAUGAAAUCUGGACCAAUCUCGAUGCUCCUGCGUUAAGACACAAGAAACAUAAUCUAGUAAAGUGCCGCGCGGCAGUUGCGCUUCGGUAUGAGAUUGGGUAGUCUGUAGAUGACGGCUCUACUUAAGCCUGCAGAGAGACGUCAUUCAGGCUUCUGAACUAGGUCUCUGAGGUUUCACGUCUGUCAACUUGUCAUUGCUGACUUUGGGGGAGUCUGGCUAGCCAGCAGGGCUUAGUCUCUCUUAUCCAGUGUGGUCUAACCGUCCUGGGCAAAACAUUUGAAAACAUUAAAUAUAUCCA